AAAUGAAUGUCUGUUCAGUCCAUCAAUCUGUGGUCCAUACUCCAACUGCACAAAUGAAAUAGGAAGUUACAAUUGCUCAUGUUUGUCUGGAUUUACUGCAACAAACUCAAAUCUCACCAUCAGCAUCAACAACACAUGCAGAGAUGUAGAGGAAUGUUUAGAGAUAUCAGGCAUCUGUGGUCUAAACUCAAUCUGCAACAACACUAUUGGCAGUUACAAUUGUUCAUGCAUGAGUGGAUAUAAUGUAACUGAUCCAAACCUCCCUAUAAACAGCAAUAACACAUGCACAGAUGUCGAUGAAUGUCUGUUCAGUCCAUCUAUUUGUGGUCCAAAUUCCAACUGCACAAAUGAAUUAGGAAGUUACAAUUGCUCAUGUUUGUCUGGAUUCACUACAACAAAUUCAAGUCUUACCAUCAGCAACAACAACACUUGCAGAGAUGUGGAUGAAUGUGUUGAGAUGUCAGGCGUCUGUGGUCCAAACUCAACCUGCAACAACACUAUUGGGAGCUACAAUUGCUCAUGCAAAAGUGGAUAUAAUGUAACUGAUCCAAACCUCCCUAUAAACAGCAAUAACAUAUGCACAGCUGUGCCAAUACCAACUAUUCUACCUACAUCUACUACAGCAGAAUCUACAACGACUUCAACAACUACUGAAACUUCGACAAUAACUUCUACAUCAACAGCUGCUCCAACAACUACUACCCCUGAAACUACAACUACUCCAACAACUGUUCCAACAACUACUACCCCUGAAACUACAACUACUCCAACACCUAUUCCAACAACUACUACCCCUGAAACUACAACUACUUCAACACCUAUUCCAACAACUACUACCCCUGAAACUACAACUACUUCAACACCUGUUCCAACAACUACUACCCCUGAAACUACAACUACGUCAACACCUGUUCCAACAACCACUACUGUACCUGUACCUACAACUACAUCUACUACUCCAAUAGUUCCAGUACCUACUGCUGCACCUGUAAUUCCAGCUACUACUGUUUCAGGCAGGGCGAUGACUAACCAAGGAAGAGCUGGAGAGACAAGGGAGCCUGGCAGAGCAUUUGAGAUGAUGGGUUAUGGUGGAGACAAGGGGGGUUUGAUCCAAGUUGGAACCAAAGUGUCAGAUGGGCAAAGUACAGAUGCUUCGGGAGCAGACAGUUCAGAUACAGAAGAUUCAAGAACAGAUGAUUUAGACACAAACAAUUCAGGAGCUGACGAUUCAGGUGGAAAUGAUUCAGGAGCAGACUAUUCGGGAGCAGAUUAUUCAGGAGCAGACUAUUCAGGUGCAAAUGAUUUAGGCGCAGGCGAUUCAGGAGCAGACUACUGA